CUAGCUAGCAAGUGAAUUCUCUUGUUCGCUUCGAGACAACACAAAAAUCCACAUUGGCCUUUGCUCGCUCCUCUCUCCUAGUCGUCUCAUCUUCUGCAGUUUCAUUCCUUGCUUCAUUCAAACAAAAACAACAAAAAGAAAGCAACAUGGCGGAAAGUGCUCGAAUGGAACUCGUCGAGUGCGAGAGAGAAAUCCAGAAGAUCAAGGGUGCACUGCGUCAAGUAGGCAGCGAAGACGGACAAAACUCGCUGCAAGUCAUUUGGGUCGAGAAGGAUGAUGCUGAUCAAAAUCAAGAGAUUUCGCUGCAGCUUUCGUCGCCCGUCGAAGAAGCCGUGUUGAACAACGGUGGAGAGACCACGUUUGCAGGAGUCGAAUCCUCCAUGGCGACGCUGACGGUGACACUGCGAAAUAAGAAUGGAGGAGACGUCUUGGGAACUUCGGAAGCCUGCGAUUUGGCCCCAAUCCUCAGUCUUGGAGAUACCUUGGAACCCAAAGAGGAGUACGUCAUUGAACUCCCUGUGGCCAUUGUUGGGACGGCGACGGACGACAGUGCAGAGGAUACUGCUGUUGCUGCCGAAGCAACCGCUGAAACAACAGAAGAGGACAAACCCGAUGAAAAAGAAGGCGAAAAGACAACUACUGAUGAGGAGCCCAAGAAGGAAGAGGAAGAAAAAGAGACGACAGAAGAAACCAAAAAGGAAGAAGAAAAAGAGACUCCAAAGCUUAUCAAGCCUCUUGCCACCAUCAAUCUUCGUCUGGUUUUCAAGCCAUCCGCCAAGGACCGAAAGGAAGAACUGUACGAAUUACUCAACAAAGCUAGCGUUCGUAGGUCUCAAGCCCUCGAACGCCACAGAGGACAGCAGCAGGAGACAAUCACCAAGAAAUCGGCUAGUAGUCCAGGCAAAAAGCCUGCCGUCAAGGCUGGAUUUCUCAACAAAAAAACCAAAAAGGCGCCGGUGGAAGAAAGCAAGUGGCAACAAUUUUACGACAAGUACAUGGGACCGACGUCCAUGGCACGAGGACUCAUUAUUCCCAUUGCCAAAAACUAUGUCAUCUUCUUUGGGGCCGUCGUGCUGGCGCAUUACAAGGGACAGGAACUUGCCCUUCCUGCUCCAGUGUAGUCAAUCAAACAUGCGAUAUCAAUCGUAUUGGUUAUAGAAUAAGUUAUCCAGGUGUUUUUUGCAUCUUGACUCUCGAUUGACUACAUUAUAUUAUUAUAUUAUAAAGUAGUAGUUACCUUGAGCG